CUUUCCAUGUUUUUAAUUUUGUUAUGACGUUCCUCGGUGAUUUCUUGAGCGUUUAUCCUUCGUUUUCAUGGAAUUCUCUUACCCCAGGUGACAUUAUGGCGAGUUUGAACGAAUUUUGCGUCUCGAGAGCUUAGAGCGUGGUCUCGAUGGGGAAAGGUGAUGAUGGGCGAUGCAUCUUUCCUCUUACGAGUUUGCAAAUUGGAGACUUGCAGUCAUACCUCUCAGACCUUAGCAUUUUCCUUGCUAAUGAUAGCAGAAAAUUAUAUAUUCUGGUUGACAAUCGACCAUGGUUGAGAGACUUGGGUCCUCGGAGGGCUCACUUGUGGCAGCUGAUGGUUACUAAGUCAAGGUUGUCUCCUUUUGCGAACAAAUCUCGGAGAGACAGAAAUCAGGCAAAGGAUGUUUGCUCUGGACCAAGCACAAGUAAACCAAAGAAUUUCCUACGAUGGUUCUCGCUGAUUGACAUGGUGAUGUCAUCAAGAAAGAGGGUUCUUCUGCCUGUGAAAAAACUAAGAAAUUCUUUGCAGUUGAGCCGCGAAUUACAUAGGACCUUAUAUGGCUUUAUUGUUUUUGAAGUUGAAUGGGCCAGUGUCCGUGGUAUGAGCUACUUGAAUGAGCUUCAGACUGAUACCUCGUUGGCUAUAGAAACAAAGUCUAUGAAAAGAUGGGAAUUUGACAGCAUUGCUCAAGCUGCAAGCUGUAUAUCUUCAUGGUUUUCAGGAACACCAUCUGAGCAGCUGCUUUUGAAAGAGUAUUUGGAUUCCACCGUAGGGGAGGUCUUUUAUGAUGCUAGUGAAGAUUUUUCUCGGACUAUACCUAUUGAUAAUGAGGAUAAUAUGUGCAAGGGUAUGCUGAAUAUUGAGGAUAAUUCUGUUGACUCUCCGGGGAGCCAUUUUGGUAUAUAUUGUGAGAAUAAGGAUCAGAGGGAAGACAUGCUGCACACACCUCCACCAUCUGGGCCAUACAAGAGGAGAAAACUAAUGAAGUCCCUUUGUAGUGGAGCUAGAGUUCAUAGCUACUCCAAGGAAAUGCCAGGGGGAAUUGACAACAAUAGAAUUUAUAGCGAGAGCUCUAGUGGUGUUUCUGGGAUUGUAGUGGAUAACACUCAGUACAAGGACGUUCUAAUAUUGUUUAGGUUUAAUGACCAUGACCUUCCAUUUAAAUUAAGGGAAGUUAUAGUAUCUGAUCUGCGAUUGCUUACAUUGCUAGAGGCUGGCCUUCCAUCUUGGGUCAUCUUCCUACAAUCUUACCCUGGAUUCUGCAAUUUAUAUCGCCCAUGGAUGUGCCCGUUGGCAAGAAUUUUAUAUGCACUUAUCUCAGUUGUCACUGUCAUCAUUGGAUUUUAUGAUUUAUAUAAAAAUGUUCCUGUUCUUAAGGCAACUGCAUCUCGUAUAUGUGGGCCGCUUUUUGAUUGGAUAGAAACUUGGGAGAUGGUUUCAAGGAUUAAGUACUUAGGAACAAUGUUGUUUCUGCAUAACAUUCAAAAGGCUGUUAAGUGGUGUCUUGCCUUCACACAUACCGCAAGAUCCUUUUUCUCUGUUCUUAUUCAACCUCUUGCAGAACCAUUGGUGCAGUUCUUUGGAUUUCUUCUUCCAAGCUGGAAUUUGUUAUAUAAUUUAGCAGUAAACACCGGUUCUGUUGUUUGGAUUGCAAUUGAGACUUCCUACAAUUUUGUUGAGGAUGCACUGGAGCUUUUACUUUGGCCAUUGUGGUCUAUCCUUACUCUUUUUUGGAGCAUUGCCACUUCAAUCUUAUAUCCUAUAUUUUGGACUCUGUGGGAAAUUGUAUAUGCUCCCAUUCGGCUUGUCCUUGCAAUCUUGAGUUUUGUGGCUUUCAUAUGUACAAGCAUAUAUAAUAUUCUUGGGGAGACAUGGCAGCUUGUUUCUAGCUUUUUUGCGGUGGCAUCGUCAUCUGAGGCAACAAUUAGCACCUACAGAGUUUCCAUGUGGCGCUCUCUUUGGAAUGACCUCUUUUCGCAGAUUUUCCGUGCGGUCAGGAGUAUACUGAAUGGAUUUGUUGCCUUCUUCAUGGCCUGCAACAGGCAUCGACUAAGUAUUUAUAAUCAUCUACAGGAGUUUAUUCGAAGAGUAUAUUGUCAGAGACAGAGAUCACAACAAGCAGAUUUAAGAGAAGGCAGAGGAAAAGAGAAAGUGCAUGCGAAAAGGAGCUGAACCCGUCAGAGAUUUUACUCUUUAUUGCAUUGCAACAUAACUAUGACAAACUUGACGGUGAGCAGAGAACAGACAGAGCUUUGCGGUUUACAAAAUUGCUGAUGCUGCAAAUACAAUACCAAUUUGUAAGUUAGGAUGUUUUAGAUUCUUUUUUCGUUUUCAACAAAUUUUGCGUGGGUGUUUCCCUUUCUGUCUUUAGAUAACUUCAAUUUGUAAGUUAACGUCUGUUCUCUGACAUUUUUUAUGGUCGAAGUUAUGAGAUGUAUAUAUGUAUAUAUAGCCAACCUGUAAAUUCUCGAGUGGCCACAGAAGCAAAAACAACCUGUAAAUUCUUCAUAACUAGUCAUUGAUUUCUUAAAAUGUAUACGCGGAGUUGGGUUUUC